AUUUUGCUACACCCUUCUUUCUGCUCCGACUCCCUCUACUUCCAAGUUUCCCACUCCCCUGACACACGCUCCCGCAUGCACGCACCGCGACCGAACGAGCCAGUUCUAGCAAUUUCUGUUGCUUGGUCGAUCGGUCGGUCGUGAAGAGCGUCCAAUAUUGCGUGAUUGAUAGGUGAGCGAGGUAUUCAGAAUGAGAGCUCUGAGUAUGGUGUUCAAAUAGCCAUUCUGCCGUUGUCAAAUUGCACGAAUGGCCUCAGUUCUGCCUUCCCUGCAGUCCCCGUCGCACCUCUGGCGACGAUGUCCCUCCCUUUCUUUGCUGCGUCCUGCACAAUCCCGCUUAGUUCGGUAUACGUUACCUUCUGGCAGGUCUACGGUUCCAUCCUCCGAGCCUAAUAAAUUAGCUAUUGGAAGGUCAGCCAGGAUAAAGAUGCUUCGUACCCUAGUUGCGCGGGGUAGGCACAGUUUCUGCGACGGCAAGAGGACGCCCAGCUCAUUGCCUUCGUCUGUUUCUACUAGCGUAUCUACAUGGUGUCAUUUUUCCGGUUCGACAUCAGUUGACAAGCUCACUAGGAGAAGGUCUUUAUCCCAAGUUUGCACUAGUUCCGAAGGAGAGGUAGUGGUAGUGGAUGACGGGAAGUUGUUAAAGGCUAUUGUAUAUGAAGCUCAACACGGUUUCUCCAAUGUUUCAGGCUUAGCCUCUCGGUUUGGGGAAUUUUUGUAUGCACAACUUUCCCUUAGGUCGGCAACAGGUGGAAAUGUUUUUUCAUCUUUGGAAAACGAUGCCAGGAGAUACGAUGAAUUGGAUUCCGUAAAUCGUGCUCAACUUUUGGACAAAGUAGCUCAAGCGAUGGGUUUUCUCAACACUCAAGAUCUUUUUGCUCAUCACAUUGCCUUACGGGAAGCCAGCAUUGGCCUCCAAGAUCUAUCUAAGUACUCAUCUGAAAUUCCUACUGCAACUACAGCGACAGUAACGCAAGAAGAAGCACCUGAUAGUAAUCACAACAGUAAUAAAUCAGCACCGUUUUCCAAAUCAUUUCCUUCAUCAAUAAAGUUUGGAAGUAGUGAGCCGAUUAUGCUGUACAAAUCCACUGUGGAUGGCAAGGGUAAGGGCUCUACAACCAAGUUGAAGGUGAAUGCUAAGAUAGCGAAGUCUUCUGAGACGAUCGAGAGUCAGACGAAGGGAUCAAAUGAUAAAGCUGUGCGGCAAACCAAACAAAAAUUUGCUAGAAACUCAGUGGCCACAGCUUCAACGCUUGAUGCUAGGAUCACGUCCAUUGCUGAUAUUGGAAGCUCGGAUACCCACAAUAGAGAGUCCGACUUUGUUUCUUCCUCCGUGGAAAUAAAUAGUACUGAGCUGAUGUUGAUGAGGGGAGCUGCUAACUACAAAGAUUGUGUGCUUGACAUCCCUUUAAAAUUUGUCAAGAACUUAUCAGUAUAUCAGCGUACACGAUUGGAGGAGAAUGGGUUCCACACGCUGCGGAUGCUGCUUCAGCACUUUCCUAGAACGUAUGUGAAUUUUCAGCAGGCUGGGCAGAGAGUCGAAGAUGGGCAGCACCUAAGUUUUGUUGGAACCAUCAUGUCCUCCAGAGGUCUCCGGUUGUCGCCAAGCCUUGGCGCAAUCGAAGUAAUCGUCAAGAGUAAGGUUGAUGCUCAGGACCCUUAUGACGAGCAUUCUGAUGAAAUCAAAUCCCAACACGGAAAAACAGUGUUUCUCCAUCUUAAGAAGUUCUUCAGGGGUGCUCGUUUUACGACUUCGUGGUUUUUGAACAAGAUGGCCGCAAAGUAUCCUGUACAUUCACAAGUUUCUGUGGGUGGCAAAGUCAAAGCAUUGCCUCGUGAGGAUCAUUUCGAGAUUAGGGAAUAUAAUCUGGAGCUCUGGGACCAGGAUUCCAACGACUCCACUCUGGAUGGUAGUGACGAGGUGAAACUUGAACUGGAGAUGGUUGGAAAACCCUACCCUGUCUAUCCUUCAAAGGGUGGUUUGCAACCUAAAACGCUGGAGUUCUGUAUUCAACGAUUGUUGCCGACCCUUCCAUUGGAUCUCGAUCCUUUACCGAAACACAUCCGUGAAAAGCAUAGAACUGUGGAAUUACGUCAGGCAUACUUUGGAAUACACACUCCUCAGGAUGCAAAGGAUGCUGAACAAGCUCGUCAGAGACUUGUGUUUGAUGAGUUCUAUUACCUUCAGUUAGGAUUGCUUCUUCAAAGACAGCAAUUGGCAAAUAAGUACUUGGGGGAUUUUAAGCCAUCGUUGGUGGGGGAAGAUGGCACCUUGGAUAUGGAACGGUGGUCACCGUUAACCCUGAAGUUGGUGAAAUCAUUGCCGUACACGUUGACAAACGCUCAAAAGAAGGCAGCCUCUGAAAUAAUGUGGGAUCUUCAAAGACCAGUUCCAAUGAGUCGCCUUUUGCAGGGGGAUGUAGGAUGUGGGAAGACCGUUGUUGCCUUCCUUGGCCUUGUUGAAGUGAUCGAUGCUGGUUACCAGGGGGCUUUAAUGGCACCUACUGAAUUUUUGGCUAUUCAACACUAUAAAAGAAUAAUGGGGUGGCUGGAAUUUUUGGAAGAUCAUGAACGACCUCGAGUUGCUCUGCUAACUGGAUCCAUUCCAGCUGCCAAAGCUCGUAUCAUAAGAAAUGGAUUGGAGAGCGGGGAGAUCGCGCUCGCAGUUGGGACCCACAGCCUCAUUUCAGAUAGCGUUAGGUUCGCAAACCUUGGUUUGGCUGUUGUGGAUGAGCAACACCGUUUUGGUGUUGCACAGCGUGGGCGUCUAAAUAGCAAGGCUCGAGAAAAUGGUGUUGUGCUUAGUGGUGUGGGCACUGAGUUGACUGAGAGUAGGGAUAGCGAAGCAGAGGGAGCUUCUGCAGUUCUCCUGGGUGCUCCACAUGUCCUAGCUAUGUCAGCCACACCCAUACCUCGUACUUUGGCGUUGGCAAUGCACGGAGACAUGUCAAUAAGUCAGAUAACAGAGUUGCCACCUGGACGACCUAAGACCACUACUCUUACAUUUCAGAGCAACGAAAAAGGCCGCCGGGAAGUAUAUAAGAUGAUGAGAAAGGAGCUGGAGUCUGGAGGUAGGGUAUUUGUAGUGUACCCUGUCAUUGAAUUAUCAGAGGAGUUACCAGAACUACGGGCAGCUGAAACGGAGUUUGAGGCAAUUACGGAAGAGUUUGAAGGGUUCCAGUGUGGACUUGUUCAUGGUCGCAUGAAGGCUCAUGAGAAAGAAGCUGCAAUGGAACUUUUCAAAACUGGCAAAUCACAGAUUCUAGUUUCAACGACUGUUAUCGAAGUUGGAAUUGACAUUCCUGAGGCAUCUAUGAUAGUUAUUGAGCAUGCUGAACGAUACGGAAUGGCUCAACUUCAUCAGCUAAGGGGACGUGUAGGACGUGGCAUUAGAGAUUCCAAAUGUGUACUACUCGGAUCUUCUUCAGCGUCUCUAAAUCGUCUGAUGCUCCUUGAGAACUCUAAUGAUGGGUUUUACUUGGCGGAGGUAGACCUAAAAUUAAGAGGACCUGGGGAUAUGUUAGGAAAAAGGCAGUCUGGUUUUCUUCCAGAGUUUAGCAUUGCAAGGCUUGAUCAAGAUGGAGAAAUUUUGGAGCGUGCGCGUGCUGCUGCUGAGGAAACUCUGGGAACUUACCACGGUCUUGAUGGUUUACCUCGUGUCAAGCAGGAGCUGAGCAUUCGUCGGCCACCGGGUUCUUUAGGAUAAUGUUGAAGUGUAGUCUAGCUUUAUUGGUCUGCUCCUCUCGUGUUCCAGUCGGUGACGGCUGGUAUGCCGCACUACCAUUUGCAACUGGUGUCCCUCACUUCUAUUGGCGAACCAUCCAUUCAAUAUUAGAAGGAUAAUUGUACAAUUAUCUCGCUCAUACUUUAGAAAAACAGGUAUUGUAAGAACAUUAAUGCCAAUAAAUGGGGAGAACUGGCAGUGUAAAAUCAUUUGAGCUAAAUGCCCAAAGUAACCCAAUAUUGGAUCUACAGAAAAA